UAAAACCUCUUGGGCUCCCUCCAGCCAGACUGUAGACCUACUGGAAACUAUAGAGACACCUGAGUUUCGCCCCACUGGCUAAACUAUCCCGUCACAAUGCUGUCACGAACGUUGUUUGUUACUUUGAUCUUUGCUUUGGCUGGUCUUGCUCUCUCAGCCCCCAUUACUGGUGCCAAAGAUGGCGAAGGCCCCACUGGCAGCCCGGUAGUUGCAGCAGCAGCUGGAGACUCUGUAGGGACCACAGAUGGGACUGACUCUAGUAAAGAGCUGGCUGGAGAUGUGAGUAGCAGUGAUACAUCCACAGACACAAGCAAUGGAGAUACCAGCGUGGAAACCACAGGCAGUCCUGAUGCCCCUGAUGCCCCAGAUGCAGCUGAAGCAGCAGGCAGCCAAGAUACAACUGAUGCAGCUGAAUCAGCAGAUGUGGAUAAGUCUCCAGAAGAUGACUCCACAGAGUCUCCAGAAAGUGAUUCCACAGAGUCUCCUGACAGUGACUCCACAGAGUCUCCUGACAGUGACUCCACAGAUGAAGUGUUGACAGAUGUGCAAGCUGACUCUGACGUGACCAGUGAUGACACGGAGCAGGCCAUGGAGACAGACAAAGAUGACGACAAGAGUGACUCAGCUCAAGAGGAUGCAGAUGGGAAGGAUACUGCAGGUGAAGAAGAAAUGUUAGAUAAUGACUCUGCAGAUGCUGCCACAGACAAAGACGAUAGUGAUGAAGAUAAGGACAUUGAACUAGAUGGUAAGGCUCCUGCAGAAGAGAAGGACAGCGCAGAAGACACAGAGACAGAGGAAGCGACGGACAGCGACAGCAAACAAGACGACGCAGACUCAGACACUAAGGAUGACAAGCCAGACAAAGACGACAAGAAAGACAGCACAGAUGACAGCAAAGACAGCGACAGCUCAGACGACCGCAAAGACAGCAGCGAAGAAGAGGCCCAGGUUCCGGAGGAGGAACCAGAGCACCAGGAAAUAGAAGAAAUGGACAGAGAGAGCCAACAGGACACCUCAGAAGAAAACGACAAGCCAGACAAAGAAGAUGAGAAAGACAGCGACAGCUCAGACGAAAACGACAAGCCAGACAAAGAAGAUGAGAAAGACAGCGACAGCUCAGACGAAAAAGACAAGCCAGACAAAGAAGAUGAGAAAGACAGCGACAGCUCAGAUGAAAACGACAAGCCAGACAAAGAAGAUGAGAAAGACAGCGACAGCUCAAACGAAAACGACAAGCCAGACAAAGAAGAUGAGAAAGACAGCGACAGCUCAGAUGAAAACGACAAGCCAGACAAAGAAGAUGAGAAAGACAGCGACAGCUCAGACGAAAACGACAGCGACAGCUCAGACGAAAACGACAAGCCAGACAAAGAAGAUGAGAAAGACAGCGACAGCUCAGACGAAAACGACAAGCCAGACAAAGAAGAUGAGAAAGACAGCGACAGCUCAGAUGACAGCAAAGACAGCAGCGAAGCGGAUGUCCAGGUCUCGGAGGAGGAACCAAAGCAGCAGGAAAUGGACAUGAAGGAGAGAGGUGACGUGGGGGAAGAGCAGGCCAGCCCUGAAGACAACAUCAAGGAGGGAAGCCCUGUAGGGAGCCAAGACUUUGAGCCUCUACAGGAUUCGGAGGAGGAGGCGGAGAUGGAGUCAAAGGAGGAGGGGAAGCUGGAGGAGGCGGAGAAGGAGGAGGAGGAGCUGGAUGCGGAGAUGAACCUAGACACAACACAGUCCGACAGUAAGGAGGACAGUAAGGAUGACAGUAAGAAUGAGAUUAAGGAAGCGAGUGAGGAUAAGACUGAGGCUGAUGCAGACUCCAACAGUGAAGAGGACACUGAUAAUAGCAUGAUGAAGGAGCCCAAAGAUUCUGAUGAUGCUGACAAAGAUGACAAGGAUGCCUCUGACUCAGAGGAUGACAAAUCUGAAUCUGAUGCAGAGCCAGGCACAGAUUCACACAAAGAUGAGGAUGAGACCGACGAGGAUUCCCAUGAUGUGUCAGAGUCCAUGGCGAAAGAUGAUGAUAUGGAUGAUGAUGACAUGGAUGGGGCAGAAACAAUGGCUCCAGAUUCAGAAGCUGUUCCAGCUGACAUCCUGGACCAACCAGACCAACAAGAUUACAUGACACAGGGUGCCUCUCACGGCGCUGAUGCACCGGCAGCCCAGUCUUAGCCCUGUGGGUUGAGGCCACAUAACGCUGUGAAUGGAAUCAGACAGUUUGAUAGUCCCAUCAUGGUGAAUCCCACUUAAAACCAACAAGUCCUCCUGUAGUCAUGACAACAAACAGCGUAAACGAAACUUACGUUCCUUACGUUCCUUAACCCUCUCUUGCCACUCAAAAUGGUGAAGGUGUCUACGGGGAUACAAUUAAAUUAUUCUACUGUUUUGGUGUACAUUACAUUUUUACCCCACUUUUUGACUGCAUUGUUGUUUUUUUGGCAUCUCAAGGGUAAUUUAAUAUUUGAUCAUGGAGAAUAUAUAUUUUUUCAACUUUGUUUUUUGUUAAAGACAGUUUAUUUAAGUUGUGACAUCAUCAUUAUACAAGUUACACCCCUGUCUUAUCAACUAGCGUGUUGAUAAAAUGGUCAACAUGUUCCCUUACAAUGCCCUUGAAAAAAACAGAAGCCUGUUUUUUUAAGAUAGCAUUCAGUCAUUGUAGGUUUGCUAGGUUUCUGCAGGUUGUGGGUUACUACAGUUUUCCUCUUGCUUUCAUGUGAUGCAUUGCUGUCUCAGUCCUUGACAGAAAGCUCAAUUGGCACUUUUUCCUUAACCGAUAACGGCUGCUACAUUUGAAAAAUAACUCCUACUGGCUCAGUUCAACAUUCAUUUUAAAGUUAUGAGUAACAUAAGGUUCUUUAUAAAAAAAAAAAAAGAAGUGUACAUACAAUGUCUUUGAUUAAGUAUAAUCUACAUUGGUUGGACAAAUGGUAAAAUAACAAUUGCAUAGACAUAAUGAGAAUUUAAUUUCAUAAAUGUAUGCACACAGGGGGAAAAUCUAAUAAAUAUUGAGUUGUCAGAUCA